UUAUGAGAAUGAAAUGAAAGCGGGACCAGUGGGCAAAAUGGAAGCUUAUUUGUUUUUUUUGUUGCCUCUCAGUGUUUCCAGCGCCGUCGGCUACUCGGUUGGAGAGGAGGACCUCUGGCCCCGCUGGUACGAUUAUCAGUUGCUGUUUCGGGACUCGCAAGAUCCAAGUGCUUGCAGCUGUCCUGGCGCCGGAGGUAACCGGCCGUGCCUGAUGGCCUCUCCUACUGCUGUCAUAUCCCUGACUGUCUCUGUCCGGGUUGUAGGGUCGUGUUAUGGCGAGUGUGGGCGCAAAUUCGACGCUGCGGAAGUAGCCACCGUAGAGGCUUUCCAGUACGGCCGCUUUGAGGCCUGUUUCUUCCCGAAUGUCAGAGACAACGGCACACUUGCAACUUUCUUCCUCUACAAGAACGAUAGUGACAAGGUGUCCGGGGCGACGUGGCAAGAGAUUGACUUUGAGAUACAUGGCAGGGGGGGGCACACCCAUGCACCGAUACAGGUAGGAAAGAGACUCAUAUCGUGACAACUGGGUUGCUUUCACCUAUUUGCCGCCAGACAAACAUGAUAACGGGCAGCAUGGGCAGGCGCCGGAAUCCAGAAAUGUUUCACGCGGCACCGGGUUACGCGAGGGACACGGAUGCACAAAUCGAAGCCAUCAAAAAAGGCUUCCACCACUUUGCUGUCGAGUGGACACCUGAGUACGUCGCUUGGUUUUUUGACGAGCAGCGGAUCCGCCACGAAGUCAGAUGCGGGCCAAAGAAGAAGAAGAAGAAGAAGGGAUGCAGACCCUCAUUGCCCCAGCUCAAUGAGACCAUGAACGUGCGGAUGUCGGUGUGGCCACUCUCUCCAGCGAUCCCUUGGGCCAAGGAUUGGGCAGGCAUACUUGAUGAGGAACACACAAAGCUCCCCAUUACUGUGUACUAUGACUACGUGAAGGUCUACAACUAUGAUUCAAUUUCAAAGGGUUGGAAGAGAAUUAUGUUGGAAAUUGGAAUUUUUCUGAGGUCUUGUUCUUGUCUGUCAGGUUUUGUUCUUAAGUGGGCUGAUGACUUCACAUCAUUCAACACCUCCAGAUGGGAGAAGAGCACCCACACAUGGGGUGGCAAUUACGCUCACAUGCGGCCGGACAAGGCAGUCAUUGUUCGGGGACAUGACUCAAAGUCGUCAUAUCUCUCCCUUUCCAUCGCGCCCGCCGGGGAAGACAUCACCGUCCCAGCUCCUCAGCAGACCGGCCCCGGCUGUGUCAAUUCUGAGAUUGCCCACCUUUCGACAGACGUAUACACCGGCGUCUGCGACGGUACCAAGAGGGUCGUAUGGCAGCAAGGUGUGCGCUACGAAGGCGGCUAUGUGGCUUUUGUUCCGAUUGAAGUGUUUGCGGACGACGACGCCGUUCUUCAGUGUGCUGCUACGUGCGAUGAGGUUCCCGCAUGCCGCGUUUUUUCGGUGCACAAUGCCAAUACGAGGACGUAUUGCAGUGGUUUCAUCAUCCCUGAACGGCAAGUCAAGGACGAGACAGCCAACGGAGGUGUGGUCUGCAUGGAUGAGGAGAAGGACGAGGACAGGUUGUGAAGUAGUUCUUUGAGUGCGAAAUUACUACCCCUUAAUUCCAUAGUUCCGAAGUUACUCAUAGCUUCCCCAACUACCUGGAUUGUGCCGGCAGCUGCGCAGCACGAAGAAGCGCAACUGUUGGGUGCACGUAGGCUGGGAAGAUGAUGGGAUGUGCUUUCUAAAGAGAGAUAGUGCUGUGGGGUUGUGCUACAGGUGGGAGAAACGUCUAGUGGUAGAAUGAAUGUGACUGAUGCAAGUUGGACAAUGGACAUUAACCAGACCUCCAGAGGGGCCGGCCUGGGUAGCCACUAGAGCGAAGCCUAGAGCGACCAUGAACUUGAAUUACGAAAGACUCGACUAGGCCUCCAACUUGAAGGCAUCAAGGUCAAAUCCAAAGACAUGCUGACGCACGGGAGAGAUGGUGACAUCUCCCUGCCUUCAUCAGCGCAGCGGUAUAUCAUCGAGGCGAAAUGCCCUUCAGUGUCAUAUUUCUUCUCGUGUUUGAGUGCCGAUGUGUCGUUUCAUGCCACCCUGCAGCAGAUGGGGCUCCUCGCGCACGCGGGUCGACAUACUGUUUCCAUGUGGAGGAGGGACCCCCGAGAAAUAGUCGGCGAUCGGCAAGGCGAACUCCGGAGUCCGCGGCAGAGAGUUUCACCCGCGCGCUCCGGAGUCCGCGAGCUCGCUGAGGCUGACAGGAGCAAGCUGAAUCAGCGCUGUGCCCCUUCCUUGUUUUGCUGCCAUUCUUUCAUACUUAAGUGACUCAUACAUGGGUGUUUGUCGUGCUCUUGACGCUACGUGUCUCUGUCGUUACGUGCUCUGUUUAAUAUGGCUACGCGCUCCUUCUAUUGCUAUGCAGCCAAUAGAAUCUACUACAGUGAUCAGCCUGCAUACAUGCAGCGAUGCAAGAUAUGAGGUUUGUGUCUUCCUACCUUGUGUACCUUGUGUCUUGUGUGGUCAGGUCUUGCGGAGCUUGGGCAGGAUAUUGGUUAGUAUUGCCAUAUUCUCAAAAGCCUUUGUCACCUCGCCGACUCUUCUCCAGCAAUCAACGAACUUCUGAAAGACGCCACACACAGCAAUCAAGAUUCUUCUGUUCCUUCUCGUGUGUUGAUUGUCAGUGUGUCAUUUCAAUCCACCCUGUAGCAUUCCCUCACUUCAUGUGCUGGGCUCCGAACAGCACCAUUGUCAACUGCAGGGUGUGAAAGGCGCAUGAAUAUGACACAUGAUCCAUCUCACAUCAACACAUCCGCUGAGUGAUGCAACCUCAGUUACAGAAGGAGAAAACCCACAGACAGUGACAAAAACUCCUUUCUCCGCUUCGCCAUCCGAAUGGCCCAACCCACCAAUGACCGUUCGUUUGCGUAUUGACGUCGGAUGGAUGCAGGACCGGCUGCUGUGCAGCGCGUCUUCCUCUCAGGCGUGGGAGUCCUGGCACCCUGACGAAGCUGUCAUUCGUGUGUGUCAUCACUCGUGCCACAGCUACAUGACGUCGUAGUGCUUGCGGGCUCGGGAUUCCUUGUUUGGAGCUACUCUCCCGGCCGUUUGUAAACACUGUAGCGUGCGGGCUUAGCUCACUCAGCUUCCUCAUUCGCCUUCUGAUGAUAUCCCCUCAGCUACAUCUCGGGUACGUAGCCUCACAGAAACCCAUUGUGGUCACUCACUACCCCUCAUCAUGCAAAAACACGAUGGCAACUCUGCUGUUCAGGCAAGGCGAUGGCCUCCGACUUCUUGCUGUUGUGUUUCUGACCAGUGUUCGGGUGCCUGGCUCCCCCUUGCCUCGGCUCCUCUUCUCCUCUGCUCCUCCUUGUGAUGCGCGUCCUCAUCAACGGUGAUGGUCGUGGGCCUCCCGCCUUCACCUUCCAGCAUCAUCGCAUCGCCACCAGAACAACCACACACAUGGUGAGCACCACCAAUCACACUCUAUCAGGAGAUUCGUACGCUCAAAUCGCCCUCUGUCUGUCUGUGUGUCGUUUCAGGGCUCUUCGGAGCUGGGAUUCACAGUGCCUACAAGCCUGUCUAACGCAAUGGCGUCAAGGACAGAGCGUCCAAGCGAUACGGCACCAAGGGGAGGUGAUCAACGGGAUGGCUGGGCGACCGAUAUGCUACCGAGGCGAAGUAGCAUCCCAGCAGCGGACGCGGCUCCAGCACCGAGACGAGUUGGUGUGAAAUCGCGCGUCAGAUCACCGACGACCCCGAAGGCGUGCCGCCCUUCUUCUCUUCCCGUCUUCCAUCAUGCUGACUGACAUGGUUGGUACACCGAAUCUCUAUCGUGGCCACAGUCGGACUGCCUCUAUCCGACUGCACGUGUGACUUGAUUUGGCUGCCACUGUCAUCUCCUGAGCGUGCUCACUCCC